AUGUCUAAACCGCCAUUCACUCAGGCGACUGCGCAAGAAAAAGUAAAGAGGGCUCAGGAUUUGUGGAAUGCUCAAAAUCCCGAAGACGUUGCAAAGGCUUAUACACCGGAUUGCAUCUGGCGCAACAGAGACCACUUCUUCAGCGGUACCAAAAACAUCGUCGACUUCUUGACCCAGAAAUGGGCGAUAGAAAAGGAAUACCGUCUCCGCAAGGAACUGUUUGCCUUUGGCGAUAACAAGAUCGCCGUGCAGUUCUGGUACGAGUUUAAGCACGCCGAGACGGGCAAGUGGAUGAGAUGUUAUGGUCUCGAAGACUGGACUUUUGCCGAGGACGGCAAGAUGCGCAAGCGACAGAUGAGUGGUAACAACAUCGAGAUCAAUGAGUCUCAGCGAUGGUUCACGGACGGCGUCGACGUGAACUCGGUGGAGAUUUCCGAAGCGCAUUGGUAG